UGGUGCACAUGCGCACUCGGUGGGAAACACGAUAGAAAACGGGCAGCUAUGCCGCGCGGUGCAGAAUACGGGCUGGACGUGUCCACUUGGAACAACGGCCGCUGUACCGGAGGACUGACCCGGGGACUGCGGGACCGGUAGGCUGCUGACAGGCGUUAACAGCUCACAUUUCCCCGGGGAUAACCUCCUCCUGAAACCGCGGCCAAAGCAGCCGAGUCCGCUCCGUCUCCCGUUUCCCGCUCCUCUCGCCUCCAGAGAGACACCGAAACAUCAGCGAUGUUGCUGCUAAACGUCUAGGAUUUAUUCCCGUCGCCCGUUUGUGUGCAGUGACUGUAAAUAACCGAGCAGAGACUGAGAGAGCAGCGGAUCCACUAUGGCUUUACCGGCGCUCCGCAACAGGAGAUGCGUUCACGGCUGCUGUGUGGGGACACUGUGUUUGCAGUUGGUGCUGUGGAUUUUAUGUGCCGUGAACGGAGAGGAGCAGCCGUUCAGUGUGGAGGCAUGGCUCCAGAGGUAUGGCUACCUCCCUGCUGCAGACCCCAGAAUGUCAGUGCUGCGUUCUGCCCGAGUCAUGCAGUCUGCUAUUGCUGCCAUGCAGCGCCGCUAUGGCCUCAACGUCACAGGGACGCUGGACACGAACACUAUAGAGUGGAUGAAGAAGCCCAGAUGUGGGGUUCCUGACCAGAUAGGGGGCACGUCCAAGUUCAGUGUGAGGAAACGGCGGUACGCCCUCACAGGACAGAAGUGGCAGCACAAACAUAUCACAUACAGUAUAAAGAACGUGACACCCAAGGUGGGAGCUGAGGAGACCCACGACGCCAUCCGGCGAGCCUUCGACGUCUGGCAGAAUGUGACGCCGCUGCGCUUCGAGGCCGUGCCCUACAGCGAGCUGGAGAGGACCAAGAAAGACGUGGACAUCACCAUCAUCUUUGCCUCAGGUUUCCAUGGCGACAGCUCUCCCUUCGAUGGCGAGGGAGGCUUCCUGGCUCACGCCUACUUCCCGGGACCAGGAAUAGGAGGCGACACACACUUUGACUCAGACGAGCCGUGGACGCUGGGAAACCCCAACCAUGAUGGUAACGAUCUGUUCCUGGUGGCGGUCCACGAGCUCGGCCAUGCUCUGGGCCUUGAGCACUCCAACGAUCCCACAGCCAUUAUGGCUCCUUUCUACCAGUACAUGGACACCGACAACUUUAAACUGCCCAUGGACGACCUGCUGGGCAUCCAGAAGAUUUACGGGCCUCCCGAUAAGAUCCCCCAACCCACCAAGCCUUUGCCGACGGCCCCCCCUCCUCGCUCCCAUCCUCCCUCAGACCCCCGUAAGCCAGACAGGCAGACGCGACCUCCAAGGCUGCCCCCAGGGGACAGACCAUCCCACCCCAACGCUAAACCUAAUAUCUGCGAUGGAGGCUUCAACACUCUGGCUAUACUGAGAAGAGAGAUGUUUGUCUUCAAGGACCACUGGUUUUGGCGCGUCAGGGAUAACUCAGUGAUGCCGGGAUACCCGAUGCUCAUCAGUGUUUUCUGGAGGGGCCUGCCGCCAAAGAUAGAUGCCGUCUAUGAGAACAGCGAGGGCAAGUUUGUCUUCUUCAAAGGGAAGCAGUUCUGGGUGUUUAAGGACACGGUGCUGCAGUCUGGAUACCCCAAGGACAUCACCCAGUUUGGCCACGGCAUGCCAGCCCAGAGCAUCGAGACUGCCGUGUGGUGGGAGGACGUGGCUAAGACCUACUUCUUUAAAGGGGACAGGUACUGGCGCUACAACGAGGAAAUGAGGACCAUGGACCCUGGCUAUCCUAAACCCAUCACAGUGUGGAGAGGUGUGCCUGACUCACCACAGGGGGCCUUCGUGGACAAAGCCAAUGGUUUCACCUACUUCUACAAGGGGAAGGAGUACUGGAAGUUCAACAACCAGUUGCUGCGGGUGGAGCCAGGCUACCCACGCUCCAUCCUGAAGGACUUCAUGGGCUGCGAGCUGACGCCCAUCGACCCCGGUCGCCCGCCGGCUGACGACGGCAACUCAGAUGUGGUGAUUGAGCUGGACAACGAGGCGAACACGGUGAAGGCCGUGGCCAUCGUCAUUCCCUGCGUGCUGGCGCUGUGCCUGCUGGUGCUGGUCUACACGGUGGUGCAGUUCAAGAGGAAGGGCACGCCACGCCACAUACUGUACUGCAAACGCUCCAUGCAGGAGUGGGUCUGACAGGGCGGACAGAGACCGAGGGGGGGUGAGGGUGGGAGGAGGAGAGACAGCCCUCACCUUCACAGAGAGGAGGAAUGUGGACUUGGACACCUUUAAUGCAACACACAGCCUCCUCUGUGUGGGGUCAGCCCACCAGCGGCCCCUCGUACAAAAGGCCACCUCUGGACUUCAAGAUGACUCUGCUGACCCCCCAGUCUUUUUAACAAAUGGGAGGGGCAGAGAGACAGAUUGCGGGGUAUCUAUGCCUGAAAUGACCUUCAGUCCCAGUCCAAAAAAAAAACAAAAAAAAAAAAAACAGGAGGGUGGGCAUCACUUUGUAUCUCAGACACUUGACUUCCUCCCUCCCGCCACCACCCACCCCACCCCCUCACACACACCUUUUUUUUCUCUGCGACUGCUCUUAAUCAGAGGGAGGGGGGACACACUCUCUUCCCAUGGGGCACUGCAUUUCAUCUGUCAUAUCAGGUUGUUAAUGAAAGAACUGUUUUAUAUUUUCUGAUCUUGGUGCCCUCCCCAGCUUCAUUCUGCACUCUAAAGCUGAACCACUUAAUCACAUGACAACCUUCAGUCCCUCUUUUGUUGGUUUCUGAUUUUUCUUUGAUUCUUCAGAGACAGGAGGUCCUCACCGUUCCCUUUAACACGCUCCUGAGGAAGAGACCAAAUGAAACCAAAUAAAAUCUAUUUCUCUCCAAAGAGGAUCACUUUUUUUUCUUUUCAUUCUCAUUUCAGUUCAUCCUUCCUUCCCUUCUCUGGAUCUAGCAGUGAUUAAGAGUCGGGUAGCUCUGACUGUUGUGGCAGUCUGUUCCAGACACAGGGGCCAAAUUAUUCUGCAAUAUUUUAACUCGCCUUAAUUAUAGAUCAUACUACUUGUGUUUGGUUUUGCUGUUUCUUGGUGUUUUUUUUUUUCUUUUCUUCUGUUUUGUAUACUGCUCUUUGUUUAUUUGUAAAAGAAGCUCAAGCUUCUUGUGAUUGGUAUUUCUGGAUUUGAUUACGUUACCCAGAGUCCUCAGCACUGGUUUGCUGAGCCGUUCUGGACACAGCCCGAUGUAUUGUAACGAUGUUGAAAGGUUCUGGAGUAAAGCCACUAAUUUUGUGUGUUAAAGUAUUUGUUUCUUUUCUUAUUUGCAUACAACAUGGGCUCAGCUAGAGCCUGAUAGUCUUGUUAUUGGAUUUGCUGAUGGGACUUUUUAAAUUUUAUUUCUGUUUUCGGCCCAUACUCCACUCAGUUUGAAGACGCGUGCAUCCAAAUGGUCGCUCUAUAUGGUUAUCUGACGGACCAUUGUUUUUUAAAGAAAUCCUGUUGACUGCCUUGUUUGAGAGAGCUCACAGUUCCCAGAAUGCUCUUGUCUCCUGACUGAGGACCCACAAAGUGAGACAGCAAGUUAACAUCAGUGCCUGUGUCAGCGUGCAUGCAAGCAUUUACUGUACAAUCGGUUCUGCUCAAUGUGGCUUUGAAGCCCCUCAGAAGCUGAGGAGGAAGUUUUUCUCUUGAAGAUGCUGUUUGCAUUUACUUUUGUACAUUUGAAGUGUCCCCCACCCAACCCCCCCACCUCCAGGUACAAUUAACAAUUAAUUAAUUAAAAAAGACUAAGGUGGUACAUCUUUGGGAGAUCUGAUUGGCAAAUGAAAUUGGCCUCAGACGCAACCUUAGCCAACUUGUCGUGUCCUGGCGUUGAGGCAAGCUGAAUGUGUGUCAGUUUCAUGAUCUAAUACUGCUUUUUCUUUCUUUUACUGUUUUCUGGUUAAAACAAAUUGGACAUCUCACAGUGACUUCUUUGUGUAAGACUUUGGGACAAUGGAGAAAUGUGUCCUGACAGAAUGAAUAAAUUGAUCAAUAUAUGAUUAAGAA